CUGACAUAAGCAAUUGUUUUUAUAUUUUGCAAUACUACCGAACAGAGUUCAAUUAAGCAAGAGCCAUGGAUCCAACCAUAUCUGUCUCGAAGGGCUGUUUUGUAUACAAGAAUGGCGCUACACGCGCCAAUAAAAGAACGCCUAGCAAACGAAAACGCUCUGAGACAACCACCAGUCUGCUGGGCAAGGAGCUCACCAGCCAACCAUUCUAUGCUGCCUACUCUGAGUGCUGGAACCAGAUCCAUAGUCACAUAGUGCAGUUGCAAAUGGCGAGCAAUGCACGGACGCUUGAGGAACUAAUGGAUUUUGUAACUGGAGAGCGGACUGACAGCAUGGAUAGUUGUGAAGUGCUGCCCACAGCGGCACUGUUGACAGGUAUCAACCAGCCUGAUCAUCUGAAGCAAUUUGAGACGCUCACGCAGCGUCUUCAUACUCAAAAGGCGGCUCGGGUCUGUGUGCUCCAAUCGCGAGAUUGCACCACUUUGAAAGCGGCGGUGGAGUCCAUGGUAUACAAUCUGAUAGACGAGCAGUCUGAGCCCGUGAAUCUAGAUGAAGGGGAUGAAGAUGAGGGACGUGAGCGGGAUCGCAAACGUCUGCGUCGCACGCAGUGCACCAUGAAGCAUCUGCAUUCAUGGUACGCAAAUAACUAUGCUGGUGGGGAUAAACACGGAGCCUUGGUUGUUAUUUUGCCGGAUUUCGAAUGCUUCAAUGCGAGCGUGCUUCAAGACUUCAUUCUGAUACUCAGCGCUCAAUGCGGACGUCUGCCCUUCGUUCUAGUGCUAGGAGUAGCCACCGCCAUGACAGCGGUGCACAGCACCUUGCCGUACCACGUGAGCAGUAAGAUCAAGCUGCGAGUAUUUCAGACCCAGGCUGCACCUACGGGGCUUAAUGAGCUGCUCGACCAGGUGCUGCUCUCGCCGAAGUAUGUGUUUCAUUUGUCCGGCAAAGCGUUCAAGUUUCUGACGCACAUCUUCCUUUACUAUGACUUCUCUAUACACGGUUUCAUACAGGGCUUCAAGUAUUGCCUCAUGGAGCACUACUUUGCCGGCAAUGCCUACGCCCUAUGCACCAGCUAUAGCCAGGCGCUGGUGCGCAUUAAACAGUUGACGCAUGAGGACAUGGAGACCAUACGACGGCUGCCCUCUUUUCGCCCCUAUGUGGAGCAGAUCAACGAUUGCAAACGCAUCAUAGCCGUGCUCACCGACGACGAUUACUUGAAGAAGAAGCUGCCGCAGCUCCUUCGCGAUUGCCUGCUGCACUUCAUGCUCUUCCGCUGCUGCUUGGAGUUCUUCACGGAACUUGUGGGCGAUCUGCCACGCUGUCCGCUGGGCAGGCUACGGCGAGAGCUCUACGUAAACUGCUUAAACAAACCCAUCAGCGAGCAGCCCGAGUACAAGGAAUGCUGGCAGAUGCUCAGCUUUAUGUCCAAAGCCGAAUUCGUGGCCAAAUUAAGCAGGUGUAUUGCGCGCACUGAGCUCUUUCUCAGCAAGCAGAUAGCUCCUCUAGAGCUGGGCGAUGCGUGCUCGGACUUGAUGCGCGCUAAGCUUCAAGCGCUCAAGCAGUUGCUCAAUGAUGUCGAGCUGGCAACCAUGGAGCUGCAAACAGCCGCCAUUGAAGCCGAUUCGCUAACAGACGGUGCUCCAUUGAGCGACCUCACGCAGGUAGCCUCCCGCCAGGAGCUGAAGGAGCAGCUGCUGCUGCGCAGCAAACAGGACAAACAGCAAUCCACGUCGGAGUUCAGCCGCGCUCUCAAUAAGAUUUUGACUCUCAUUGAGACGGAUUUGGUGCUUGCCCAUCUGCGUCCGCUACAGCAGGCUCCGCCGCUCCACGAAAUCUACGUCUUCAGUGAUAUUGCAACUGUUCGUCGUAAUAUCAUUGGAGCUCCUCGUGCAGCACUGCAUACGGCCCUCAAUAAUCCUCAUUUCUAUAUGCAAUGCAAAUGCUGCGAACUGCAGGAACAGUCGCAGCUGACCAGCACCAUGCCCGACCUGUCGGUGGUCUACAAACUGCACUUGGAGUGCGGUCGCAUGAUUAAUCUAUUCGACUGGCUGCAGGCGUUCCGUUCCGUUCUGCGGACUGGCGAAGAACAAGAAGAGAACGAAAUGCCCCAGGACCAGAUCGAUCCACAGAUUCAAGCUCGCUUUACUCGCGCUGUGGCCGAACUUCAAUUUCUGGGCUACAUUAAAAUGUCAAAGCGUAAGACGGAUCACGCCACACGUCUCACCUGGUAGAAUAUACCAUAUCCAUAUCUGCAAUUUAUACUUAUACCACAUAUAUCCUACCUAAUCAGAUCUAUUUAUUGCCAUUUACAUUCGAAAUCAAUCAGAUUUUCAU